AUGCUAAAUACAAAACCACUGUAUGAAAAAGGAAUUAUCCGGGACCGUAAGAUGCUGACACAAUCGCAGUUUUCUCAAAUUCAAUUUUCGUCGGUGCUACAUGAAUUUGAAGUUUUUUAUAAUGUUGCAAAGGCGAUUAACUUUGUCGAUGAUUCCAUCAUUCAACUAAGCACUGAUGGCAUGAAAAUAGUGGUUGAGGAGUCCAAAAGCAUUCAAGCGGCACUCUACGUCACCCGAAGCUGCUUUUCGGAAUAUAGAAUGGCCCAACCUAAGCGUAAAAUGCAUUCUAACGACGAUGAUGCUGAAGAUGUAGAGCAACCGGUUGUUUCAUUUGGUCUAAAUUUAAAGGCUUUUACGGAUUGUUUAAGCUUGCUCGUAGGAAGUGGGUAUGAUUCUAACUUGAAAAUAAUCUACAAGGGGGAUGGAGCUCCGUUGGUGCUAAUUCUGAAGCAACACGGAGAUGACGAUUUAGUAACAGAAUGUUCGGUUAAAACUAUGGAACCACUCGAGAUGCUAGAUUUUGAGCUGGACGAGGAGCAGAGCUGUAGCAAAGUAAACGUCAAAGGGCCAGAAUUUUUUAUGCUACUAAGUGAGAUCGAUAAAAACUGUAAUGAAGUAGAGGUGUCUUUAUCACCUAACGAUCCGCAUUUUAAGUUAACCAUCUUCGGAGAAAUCAGUGCAGAGUCAUGCGUUGAGAUUACAGAUAAUAGCGAUAUGUUGAUUUCUUUCCAGAGCUCCACGACUACCACCAAUCGUUACAACUUUGCGCAUUUUAAACUAGUUAUGAGAACAUUGGCUUUGGCAUCGCAAGUUUCCUUGAUUACUAACAGAAAUGGCUUGUUGAAAAUACAAGUAAAAAUUGCAAACCCAGAUAAUUCCGACAUAUUUGUGGAAUAUUUUAUUAUGUCGCAAUGCGAUACAGACGACACUCAGGAUCUAACCGACGAAUAA